AUGCAGGAAAAAGAACACACUGAGAACGAAGACAACGUCAUUGUCACCGGGCCCACCGACAGCCAUAUUCUCUCCCAGGUCCCCCAGGAUGAGAAAGGCCUCGCGGAAAAGGCCGGCCACACCGAGGAAAUCUCGGACGUCGGAUGGUAUCAAUCUCCUGAUGACAUCGAUGAGCGCAUUGUAUCCGAUACGCCGUUGCAAAGGUUGGAUCUCAUCCGGGCGGAGGAUGAGCAGUUCUCUCCAGACAAACUGCGCGCGACUCUCGAGCGGUUCUAUACCACCAUCUUCGUGUCGUUGACCGGGUUUGUCAAGCAUAUUGCCAGACUGCGCUCCUGGCGAGAGACCCAGAGGACCUCGAUAUUUUGUGCCGUAUACUUUACUGCAUGGUUACUGGAUCUCCUUGUCCCAACCUUCAUCUGUGUCCUCCUCGCAUUGACCGUCUAUCCACCGGCUAGACCAAUACUCUUCCCUCCAGCACCAAUCGCACUGGUGGACUCCAGUACGGGUGGUGUGCAGAAACCUAAGGCGGGCGUACUCGGCUCGCAUGACAGUCUCACCGGCGCCCCAGAGAAAAUGAAAGGCGAGGCAGCGGAGCAAGAGGCCCGCAACCUCAUGACUGGUAUCUCCAGCGUGGUCGUAGGCAGUGUUGCUGGGAAGCACGACCAAGCAACCCCCGAAGGUGCCCCUAUGGAGUCCUCUGUGCCCGAUGCGAUGGACAUAGUCUCUAAGACCGCCGAUGCGCAGACCGCGGCCCAUGGCGAGGUCCCAACUGAAACCCAUGAUAAGACAAAACAACCAAUGAUGACGACAGUCCUCGACGGCGCCAAUCUAUCCAUGCGAGUAUUGAGCGACAUCACUGACACCUACGAGAGACUCGGAAACGUGCUGGUUGCUGCCCUCGCAGUGUCACUGGUGACCACAAACCACUUUUUUGUGAAGACAAGCACAUUUGCACUUGGGGCUGUAUUCUUUGGUGACCCUGUCUUUGCGCGCGCGAUCGCAUAUCUGAACACAAACUUCCCCGGAUGGCAGGCAUCCCUACUGCCCCAGAACUCGCUCCUCAAGGGCAUCCCCACCAACGCCCAACUAACCCUCACGCUUCUUCGCAUCGGCGAGGCCAACACAGCUCCUCUGCCGCCGCCUCCUCGGCAUUCUCUCGAGAAAGCCCCGUCCCAGCCAGCAUCCCUUCACCCAAGCGAAGUCAACCUCGCCGCCUCAGACGAGGAGAUCAGCCAAGCUGCGUCCCCAGAAGCAGACUUACACCCUUCAGAGCAGCAAGAACACCACGAGGCCCAGAAGCCCAAAUCCUGGGCAUCUCGCGUGCUGGACUUCUUCCGCGGGACCACUGCUACCGGGAUUGAGAGCAAGCUAGCCAUCGACCGCGUCCGCGCUGCGGCCGGCUCCAAGCACGCCAAAACGCGGGUUGGCGUCUUGCGCCGCAAGGGCCGUCUCACGCUGCCCUCGGGACCUGUGCACUUCGAUGCCCGGUACAAGGGCAAACGCGGCGCGGCGGUGAUUGACUGCUCGUCCGAGCCGCCCGUGCUCUACUUCACAACGGAUCCAGCCAUCGACCCCAGCGACCAUCGGCUGGAGAGGAGGGAAAAGGCGUCCGUGUUGUUCACCAUCCCUGUGACUGAUAUCCGGGAGAUGCGCAAGAUCGGGGGUCUCGGCUGGAAGGGGAAGCUUGUGACUGGAUGGGCGGUGGGGAGCAAGGAGGUCGUGGAUGGGUUGGUCAUUGUUGGGAAAGAGCCGGAUCAAACGUAUCAGCUUACGGCGAUGCGCAUGAGGAACCAGCUGUUUAAUCGCUUGGUGGCUAUUGAUGGACAGGUUUGGGAAAGCUGUUGA